AUGGCCAUACUUCCGGAGGUCACAGCACCAGAACGAAAGGUUCCCUUUCGUCACAAAAUAUUAUGGACAGGUGUCACACUUAUCAUCUUUUUAGUGUGUUCGCAAAUUCCACUUUAUGGUAUAAUGUCCUCUGAUUCCUCAGAUCCUUUGUACUGGCUGCGUGUAAUUCUCGCAUCAAACAGAGGUACAUUGAUGGAACUCGGUAUUACUCCCAUUGUAACUUCGGGCAUGAUCAUGCAACUUUUGGCCGGGGCUAACCUCAUUGAGGUUGACUUUACUUUGAAAGAAGAUAGAGCAUUAUUCAGUGGUGCUCAAAAACUUUUUGCCAUGGUCUUCGCCUUUGGUCAGGCCACAGUGUCCGUAAUGACAGGGUUGUACGGUAAUCCCUCCGAAAUUGGAGCCGGUGUUUGCUUAUUGCUUAUUAUCCAACUUGUCGUUGCUGGUCUUAUCUCUAUGCUUUUGGAUGAACUUUUGCAAAAGGGAUAUGGUCUUGGUUCUGGCAUUUCACUUUUUAUCGCUACAAAUAUUUGUGAAUCCAUCGUUUGGAAAGCUUUCAGUCCUACAACUGUUAAUACUGGUCGUGGUCCUGAAUUCGAAGGUGCAAUCAUUGCAUUGUUCCAUUUACUCUUUACCCGUAACGAUAAAACACGUGCUUUGAAAGAGGCAUUUUAUCGAACAAAUUUACCAAAUGUCAUGAAUUUAUUGGCUACCGUGGUUGUUUUCGCCAUUGUGAUUUAUCUUCAAGGUUUCCGUGUUGAACUUCCUGUCAAAUCAAGUCGUUACCGUGGUCAAUUUGGAACUUAUCCAAUUAAACUCUUUUACACUUCAAAUAUGCCUAUCAUGCUUCAAUCCGCUCUCACCUCCAACGUCUUCCUUAUCUCUCAAAUGUUAUAUAAUCGAUUCCCGGAUAAUUUACUUGUCAGAUUCCUCGGUGUUUGGACUCCUCAUGAAGGUUCAAAUCAAAAUUACGCGUCCGGAGGUCUCGCGUACUUUAUGUCACCACCACAUAGUAUCACGGAUGCUCUUUUAGAUCCUAUUCACACAUCGUUAUAUAUUUUAUUCAUGUUAACCGCAUGUGCUCUCUUCUCAAAGACUUGGAUCGAAGUUUCAGGAUCUUCACCACGUGAUGUUGCAAAACAACUUAAAGAUCAGAAUAUGGUUAUGGCCGGACAUCGUGAAGCGUCAAUGUACAAAGAAUUGAAACGAGUUAUUCCUACAGCCGCAGCUUUUGGUGGUGCUUGUAUUGGUGCUUUGUCUGUUCUUGCUGAUUUACUUGGUGCGCUUGGAUCCGGUACUGGUAUACUGUUAGCCGUCACUAUUAUAUACUCCUAUUUUGAAAUGUUUGUUAAAGAACAGGCAGCUGAAGGUGGUCUUGAUGCAUUAUUGUUUUGA